CAGAAAGACUUGGGAAAGAAUAUCAUCAUCACUUUCUUCACGCAAUCCAUUUCCGCCAUACCGCUGGGUUGGGUGGCGGCGGGCUGAAUCCGGGUGCUGCACCAUCUGGAGCCAUCGUGUCCUCUGAGCCAAAGAAUUGUAUCCACCAUUGAGGCCUCAAGUGAUAUCUUGCCGCAGACCUGCGGAUAUUCACCUCCUUAUAUGACUGUGUUCAAUCACACAGGUCAACGGAAGUUCCAGGGACUGUUAUCUGUUCAUCCUGCCGACCCGGUCGGGCACACCUCAGCUAGGUGUAUGUCACCAGACUGUUGUCUCCCCAGCAGAACCAACCAGCGGAACAGUCAGAUCCCAGAGCAGAUAGCUCGACUCGGCCGCCGGCCGGCACUCACCAUUUCGUGACUCGGACUCGGCCCGCUCGACCUGCCCCGCUCGGGACGCACGACCGCCGUCUCCUCCCAGCGCCCGCCGCACCCGACGCCGCCUCGCCAUGGCGCUUAACGUCAACACCAGUGUCACUGACGUCUUCUACCGCUACAAGAUGCCGCGCCUCCUGGCCAAAGUCGAGGGCAAGGGCAACGGCAUCAAGACGGUGGUGGUCAAUAUGACGGAGGUGGCCAAGGCGCUGUGCCGCCCUCCCUCUUACCCCUGCAAGUACUUCGGCUGCGAGCUGGGUGCCCAGACUCUGAUGGACGGCAAGAACGACCGCUACAUCGUCAACGGCGCCCACGACGCCUCCAAGCUGCAGGACAUGCUGGAUGGCUUCAUCCGCAAGUUCGUGCUGUGCCCCGGCUGCGAUAACCCAGAGACAGUGCUGCAGGUUCGCGAGAAGAAGGGUGUGAUCGGCCAGAGCUGCAAGGCCUGCGGCUACCAGGGUAUGCUGGACAUGCGCCAUAAGCUGACCACCUUCAUCCUGAAGAACCCGCCCGAUGCCGACCCCACCCAGUCGGGCAAAUCACUCACCAAACGCGCCGCCAAGAAGGGGAAGAAGGGCAAGUCGAACGGCGACGAGAAGGGCAGCGAUCACUCUGAGGACGGCGACGAACAGCUGGAGGGGUGGUCCACCGACGCGCCGGCUGCCAAGCCGGAGCUGGAUGACUGGUCGGUGGACGUGUCGGAGGAGGCGGUGCAGCGGCGCCAGGCUGAGCUCACCGACGGCGUCAAGGGGCUCACCAUCAACGACGACCUGGAGAAGGCCGAGAAGGAGCGUCUGGAGAUCUUCUACCGGUACAUGCUGCAGCGGCGCGACGCCGGCAAGCUGUCUGGCCAGGAGAAGAGCCUGCUGGCCGAGGCCGAGCGUCUGGACGUCAAGGACAAGGCGCCGCUCGUGCUCUCUGAGCUGCUCUUCAACGACACAAUCGUCAGCCAGAUCGGCCAGCACCGCGUCCUGCUGCUCAGAUUCACGCACGACAACAAACGGGCGCAGAAGUACCUGGUCGGCGGUCUGGAGCAGGUCAUCAACCUCUACAAGGACCAGCUGAUGCCCAAGGUGCCGCACAUCCUGAAGAAGCUCUACGACCUGGACAUCCUGGACGAGGAGGUGCUGCUGGAAUGGGGUAAGAAGCCCAGCAAGAAGUAUGUCAGCAAAGAAGUCAGCGAGGAGAUCCACGCCAAGGCCGAGAAGUUCAUCAACUGGCUGCGCGAGGCGGAGGAGGAGUCCGACUCCGAUACCGAGGAGGACGACGACGUCGAGAUCACCUACGACGACCGCGCGCGUGAGAUUAAGGAGGAGAAGAAGGCUCCGCCGCCGGCCGCCUCCACGGCGGCGCCGCAGGCCGAGGAGCACGAUGACAUCGACAUCGAUGACAUCUAGUGGCCAUGCGCUAUGUUGAGCUUCGACAACAGCUCGUCAGCAGUGAUGGCGCCACCAGUGGUUUAGUAAUGUCAACGGUCGCUCCGUUAGGCCUAAAGCUGUUUUAUUUUUAAUACGCUGGAAAUAUUUAUCCCAAUUUUCUGUGAAGGCAUGAGUGAAAUCACUGGCAGAUGAAUGGAUGGGUGGGGAGAGGCGACGACUUCGAGCCAUGGGCGUUCGAGAGGCUCACUUCUUCUGUCGCGGCAUUUUCCUUUUUCUCGGAAAGGCAUUUAAUCAGAUCCUGGUGUUUCUGUGGGUCAAUACACUGUUGUGCAUC